AUGAACACCAAGAUCUCUUUGCCAAGAUCGCCGACAGAGGCUAUUUUAUUCGUAUAUGUAUGCGACGCGGACGGGAAGCUUCAUUUUCUUUCUUCUUCCUAUGAGAAAUCCGUCAGUCCCGAUGAUGACAGACAGCUCCCCACGAGCAUUUCCGCGCUUGUGAAACCAAGUUUUAUUGAAGAAGCGGCACGCCACAGAGCUGUUACGCUUCGACUUCACGGAGAGCUCAACAAGUAUAAUGUCGAACUUGAUGACCAAUUCACGACGGCACAAUCGGUCACAUUCUAUGAGAGGGCACUUCCCCGGGAUUCAUCUAUGGCAAUACAAGGCGUUGCAGCGCUCAGUCACCUCGACGAUGCUGACAAUGAUAACAUGCCGGAUAUUAUCCAUUACCUCUCGAGUCUUCUCACCAUUAAAUGCCGUGUGACGCCUUGGUCUCUGCAUCCAGUGCGGUCUGAAAACAAUAAAAAACUCUCCGCUGUCAUUGCGGAAAUCUUGGACAGUCAUUUCCGUUUCAAGGCGCACGACGAUCAAUGGAUCUCUGGGGGCGGGCGAGACUUUUUCAUCUACAAGAUUGAGUACUUCAUCGAUCGCAGCCUACCCAUUCAGUUCAUCCUUCCCGGGUUUCCCUGCAAGUCACCUAACAAGGAGUCCAAGGUGUUGGGAACUCUUCCCGAUAAAGGAGAAGAGCUCGCUUUCAAGACUAUGGUCAAAGUAGCGGAGAUGAUUGAAGUAGUGUAUGUCCCUGGCGUUCGAUUCGCCAUUGUUUCUGAUGGUCAUGUCUUUAGUGACUUGCUUGGUGUUCCGGAUGUCAGCGUCAACGAGUACGGCCGCACGUUAAGGACUGCGGUCGCUAGCAUGUCAGGGAGGCCAGAUAUAUUCACCUUCCAUGGUCUUGAUGAUCUCCUCUCUCUUGAUGCGAGUCGCGCCACAUUUACUGAAGAACCGGGUCAUUUCCCCGAGCAAUUGCCUUGUCUAUCUUGCUAUGUCAUUCCACGUUACACAUCUGCGUCCGUGCUGCCGGCGGCUGACGACGCCCGUCGUCUAUUGUGUCUUCUUGCUGGAAGAGACGAGAAAUCACUUUAUGAGGAAAUCAAGCAGAAUACAUCUGUAACAGGACUUUAUCGCGGCUUCUCUCGGUUCUUACUGGAAGAUCUCCAGCAACAGCCGGAAAUGCUUGCGUUACCAUCCAAAAAUGCACGUAAGCAGUUAUGCUCCAAGAUUGCGAUGGAGAUGUUGAUACGAAACCAAGCUUAUUCUACAAUUGUUGGCCGUCUUUUUCCGAUUCAUGUUCGCAUAUCCAUUCAUCCAUAUAACUGUGCUGGGCCCAAAUUUGGAGUGAACCUCAUACACAAAGAUUUUGUUUUCCAAGCUGGCACUCUCGACGGUCAGAGAGGCGACGCUACAGAGAUUUCAUUGUUUCAUAUACCCACUCCAUGGCACAACCUUGUCGUCUCUGACAGUAACGGUCUCUGUAUUGUAACAAAGAAGAAGGAUGCGCUUAAACUCGGGGGCGAAAAAGAGCCCAAACUUAUGUUCUACGAAGAUGGAAGGCCGAGCCAUUUACUCAUUGAACAACCAUUUGCCAGCUUGUAUAAAGGUGCAGGAACCCAAAGCAAACUCCCCGAUCCCGGGUCUGAAAUCGCACCCGCUGCCGAGGUCAAGGAAAUCGUACUGUCUUCUGAACCAACAAAAUUUUCGGUUACUUCAGUCGCUGCAUCAGAACCUUAUUGUGCAUAUUCCCCUGCUCGCAGGAGAUUCCUGCUAUUUUUGAUUGCAUUGGCGGGUGGUUUUGGGCCGCUGGCUGGUAAUAUCUAUUUACCUGCCAUGGAGAGCAUUAGAACCGCCUUUGGUACCAGCGUGUCGAUGAUUAACUUGACAGUUUCCAUGUUUAUGUUGACCUUUGCAGUGGCGCCAAUGGGAUGGGGAACCUUGGCGGACUCGGCAGGUCGCCGCAACGUGUAUCUCAUAUCGUUUGCCAUCUAUGUUGCCGCAAGCAUUGCUCUUGGAUUCAGUCAAUCUUAUGCUCUCCUUCUCGUACUGCGUAUUGUGCAAGCUAUUGGAGCAUCAUCCGUCCAAUCUCUUGGUGCUGGCACCAUUGCGGACUUGUUUAAACCUACCGAACGCGGCCGAGCCAUGGGGAUAUUCCUUCUUGGCCCGCAGAUGGGACCUCUCAUUGGACCUGUUCUGGGUGGUUUCCUGACUGAAUACGCCAGUUGGAGAUGGAUCUUUUUCUUUCUGGCAGGCCUUGGAGCGGUCACUUGGAUACUCUUUUUGUUGUUUCUUCCGGAAACUCUUCGAGCAAAGGUUGGCAAUGGUCAGGUGUACGCCGACCAUGGCCUGUUGGUCUUCCCUGGCCCGCAUAUCCUUGAGGAGACCAAGGCCGCCAAGUCUGCUACAAAGUAUAAUCCCCUUGCACCACUUCGUUUCCUCCGCUUCAGGUCCAUUACUCUAUGCGUCACCUACAUCGGUAUCAUCUUUGGUUCUUUUUACUGUCUCAAUGUCGAAAUCCCAGCUGUGCUCAAAGACGUUUACGGAUACGACGCAUCACGUGUGGGCAUUUCCUACAUUCCAACUGGGGUGGGAUUCAUUCUCGGCUCCACUAUUGGCGGCCGCUAUGCGGAUUGGAAGCUGCACCAAGCGAUGUCAGCUACGGGAUUGGACCAUGUGCCAGAAUCACGCAUCCGCUCUCAGUGGGUUGGAAUCAUCCUCUUUCCAGUCGGAUUGGCCCUUUUUGGAUUUGCGGGACACUUCCACUGGCAUGUCAGCCUAUUACUUGUGUCGCUCUUUAUCAGUGUCUUUGGGAUGACCUGGCUCUUCUCAUGCAACACUACGUACCUCAUAGACAGCUUUCCAGGAUCAGCUUCAAGUGUUGUGGCACUGAACAGUUUAUUCCGUAACCCAGCGGCAGCCCUUGGUUCCGCCAUCAUUGGUCCCUUUACUAACAAGGUAGGCCUAUGGCCCGCUUUCUUGUCCGUGGCGAUGGUGGAUGUUACUGGUGCAGCGCUCGUAGUUAUCGUGAUGAUUUACGGAGCAAAGUGGAGGAUGCGCUCCAGCACGUCUGUGAACCAGACAGACAAAGGCAAACCUUGA